CACGCUCACACACAAAACACAACUUUAUCCAAAGUGCCACAGGGUCAGAGUGAUUACAGUGAAAUGGGACUGAGGUAUGUGCUAAACUAAGCUGUGGAGGCGGCAGUAGUACAGCAUGAUAUUUAGGGACUCUGUGCUUGUGUAUACAUCUUUCUACAGAGGAUUCUGUGGUGUAUCUACUUUUCCCUGUGAGAUAUUAUCGACUGAAACAGAGAGGCGAUGUCGUAAAGUGUUGAGUCGCUCUAUGGUCCCUCCAGUGGCAUCAGCAGGAGUUCUUGUGACGCUGUGUACCUUUAAAGGAACUCCGUCAUUCCUUUACACAUUGCGAUCCCCUCAGCUCAGAGGAAGACACAAGGGCGAUGUAAGUUUCCCAGGUGGGAAGCAUGAUGCCUCAGACAGGGAUAUCAUACAUACAGCAAUAAGAGAAGCGGAAGAGGAACUAGGAGUAUCACUUAAGGCCAUUGCAGUAUGGGGAGCCCUGAAGCCAAUCACUGACUGGACUGGGAUGGUUAUAGUUCCAGUUAUGGCAAAUAUUGGAGCCCUGGAAAACCUGGCACUAAAUCCCAACCCAGAGGAGGUUGAAUCUCUACUUACACUUCCUAUUUCUGUUGCCUGCACGGAUGCUUCCCGAGGGUAUACCUAUUUUCGUCAACGGGGACAUUAUUCUUAUACCCUUCCAGUCUUCAGACUUCAGGCUUACAAAGUCUGGGGGCUCACAGCCAUGAUGACAGACUCUGCACUGUCUCUGCUCUUUCCCCAAUCAUACCGUAGCUUUCUGCAUGCUUCUCACAAGACCUCAUAGGAAAGCAAAAAAGCAUUUAAAUAAAGAAACCUGUUUUCAAUUACAA